GUUUAGGUUAUGUUUAUUUGUUUAUCUCUAGAUUUCUAUUCAAAACUUUCGUUUUCAGUCUUCAACGCUUCCACACUCAUGUGGAUUUGAGUUUUGAUAAAAUUAUUUAAUGGAUUAAUGUUUUUAGUUUUUUUAUAAUAUAGCCUUCCUGCGGUUUAUAAACUAUUCAGAAUGAAACAUAGUUUUACUGAUGGCUGUUUUCCCUUCAAAAGACCAAAACUACUUAAGCUUUGGAUUGAAGCUAUCAGAAGAAAGAAUUGGAAACCAUCAAAAAGUAGUAGAAUUUGUGGUGCUCAUUUUCUAUCUACAGAUUAUUUACAAAAGCCAGGAUCGACUCAGAAACUUCUGAAACCAGAUGCUAUACCUAGCGUGUUCUCAUUUACAUCUCAUCUAUUGAAGAAGGUGACCCAGCCAAGAAGGAGAAUUAUGAAACAAGAAGCGCCGCCAUCAACUUCUAUCAAAGAAGAGAUUUCUAUAGAUCUGCCUCCAUGUUCAAGCCAGCAAAUAAUGGAUAUUGAUCUGCUAUCAAUAUCAAGGCAGGAAAUGAUGGAUACAGAUCAAGGAACAUCAAGUCAACAAAAUAAGAACGAUUCUUCGACACAGACACCUUCUUAUUUUGAUAGAACAUAUUAUUUAAUGAAUCGAAAAGUUAAAACUUUGAGGCAAAAAAUUAGGAGAAGGGACGCCAAGAUCUCGGCAAUGAAAGAUGCCAUACGAAGAAUCAAAUCGUUCAAUUUACAAUUAUAAUAUUUAUUUAGCAAUUUUACUGUUUGUUUAUCACAUGGUCAUAAUUAUAAUACAUUCAAUAUACAUGUUUCUUCAUAGAUUUCUUUUCAUCAUUUCUGAAACUCCCACACUGAUUUUAAAUGUUAUCAGAAUACCUAAAGUGAGGUCCACGUUAUAAUGGCAGUGGAUUAAGAUAGAGGAACAGCGUUGCCUAUUCUCUGUAUCAAUCAAUUAUAUUUCUACAUUGUCAAAAACAAAUUUGGCAUCGGUGCGGAGCUAGAAUAGGAUAGUACUACCUGCUUUGUUGAAUGAUAGACAAGGAUAGCAACAUCAAAGUUAAUCAAAUACUGUCAUUAU